UGUGCACUUCACAGAUAACGAAUGAGCUUGGCAACGAUGUUUACUACAGCGUUCAGGACUACAUUACCCACAAUGCAUCGCUCACCGUUGUCAAAAGUAUUGCUUUCUUGGGUCACUUAUCGAACUCUGGCCGUGUCAGCCAGUUUACUUUCUCUUAUUUGACGCAAUAAUGCAUCUAUCAGGCGCUGGGCUUGGGGAAAUAGGACACGGACAGGGGCCCGGAGCCGGACCAGCGCCAGGAAGCUGCAAUCCGCGGAAAUUCAGCGAGAAAAUCGCUUUACACAAUCAGCGACAGGCUGAAGACACAGCCGCUUUCCGAGAGGUUAUGAUGGACAUUACUUCCAUCAGGGUUCAGGCUGAGAGAGUUCGGCAAACCAGAGACGUGGUCCCGUACUAUGGAGGAUCACUGCCAAAUGUCAAUCAGAUCUCAAGAUGCUCCACAGAGGCCCAGUACCCGAGUUAUCUCACACAGCAGCUCCUAGAGGCAGAUGAAGAGUACAGAGACGUCCAGCCUAGUCCUCUUGGCAGGCCGCACAGGAGACAUUUUGAAAGUGCUCCCUAUCUCUCUACCCACCUCUCUCCUCCUCGAGGUCCUAACUGGAGAAGAAACUGGUCCAAUUGUUCUGCCACUGAGAAGAGCCAGAUGGUCCGUCUCCCUCUGACAGCUCUAAAUAGAACCAACUCUGACUCGGCCCUCCACACCAGUGUGCGAAACACACAAUUACAUGGCCAUCCGAAAUCUGGCCAAACCCUGAACCCUCAAACCAAACACCAUGGAUUUGCGCAUCCUGCACCACUAAUUGAAGAAAAUAUUCAAGAGGAGACACAAUCUCCCAAACUAAAGAAGUUUUCCUCAAUGUCAUCAUCAGAUUGUGAAACGCCUGUUAUUCACAACUUCCCAUUGCCUGAUCAGCAGGUAUCUUCCCUCCCUGUCCCAUCGGCCCUCAGUACGUGUGGCUCUCUUCCAGACCUCUCCAGCCUGCACCUGCCUUCUCCUCUUCCUUCAGGCCAGGACCACAGCGGUGCGGAUCACCUGAACAACGAUUCCAUGCACCCUGACCUUAUGGCUGACUUUAACUUGCCAGGUCUGUCCUCAUCUCUUCAGGCGUCUUUAAGUAAUCCGUUGCUCCAGUCUUCACUCAGCAAUCCCAACAUCCAGACCUGUCUCAGCAGCCACUCCCUGCCCAGCUCUCUGAGCUCCACUUCCUUGCGCCUGUCACUUAGCAACUCUUCCCUGCAGUCAUCGCUCAGCAACCAGUCCCUGCAGUCCUCUCUUAGUAGCUCUUCACUGAGUAACCAGUCCAUCCAGUCAUCUGCCAGCCGCUGCAGUCACAGCAGUGGAAUUGGCGGAUCUCCCUCUUGCUCCUCUUCCUCUCUCUCUGGUUCACCACGUGUGACUGGCCUCGCCCAUGCCACCACAUCACGGAAGAGAGCCCAGCUCAGCCCACUCAUUGUGCCCAGUGGUGGAGAGUCCCGCUGGCAGCAUGCAAAGCAGUUUUCACCCACAGUGUCUCCAACCAUGUCUUCAAUAUCACAGGGUGCUCCUCUUCUCAACCCCAACAAAGUUCUGAAGGAGACAAAGCCACCAGCAUAUCCCUGCACUCAGCACUUCCGAUCUGCUCCUCCGCUGUCCCAUCAGCCACUGCGGCAAUAUUUCCAACCAGAGGUGCAGGAUCAGUCUAUCCCAGAGAUGGAACAGUGGAUCCAAAAUGAUCACCAGCCACAACAUCAACAAACACACAGUCACACGCAACAACAUCACAAUCACAAACACAGUCGGCACCUGCAGCAUCAUUCACAACUGCACGCUAAAUAUCAACAGCAGUUACUGCAUCAUUCCCAGACUCACCAACCACAUGUACUGCAGCAAGCGAUUACCCAGCAGCAGCAACAACAACAUCAUCAUCAGCAGCAGCAGCAGCUGUACGCACAAUUGCAACAUCACCAGAUGUCUGAGGAGCAGUGGCAGUUGCCAUGCCAGCAGGGCCAAUAUCAAGGUCAACAGCUACAUCAACCUAUGUCUUUCCCCUCUUCGGGUCAGGAGAAAAACUGGAAUCGUAUGCAAGGCCCACACGGCUUGCAGGUGAAACGUAGACACUGUAUGCAGAUGCAGGCAGAAGCAAAACCACAAUCUAAAGUCGCUGUCCACGAGACUCAAGGAGAGGGACUGAAAGUCCCUCAUUGUAAGGAAAGUGAAGUAGAUGGAGCAAAUCCAGGUUUGGAGGAUAAAGGUUUUGAACUGAACAAGGAAUCAUAUGUCGGCUUACAUCUUACCCCUAGCCAAGCAAAAGCCCUUUCCCAGCAGCUUGGAGUACUUCAGAAGGAGCCUCUAGGUGGCGGUAGAGUGUCAGAGCUUAACUGUGAAGCUCCAGAAAGCAGGGAACAGCAGAACCAAAGCUGCAGUGCUGGAGAGACACAAAAUGUUUUCAACAUCAACUUAUCUGACCCGUCAUCCUGGCUGGACCAGGACAUAUCAGGUCUGCCGGACUCCGUCCUGGAAUUUGACCUAGACACUUUUGGCCUGGACAGUAACUUGGGUUGGCCAUGAGUGUGUCAUAAAAGCGCACAAGAACAUCCAUAUUAUGACACGUUUAUUUGGACGAGUACCUUUUUAAAGGGACAUUUUUGCCAAUGAACUUGAAAUAUAGUCUUUAGAGUCAAAUAGAAUGUAAACUAUAAAUUGGCUGAAAGGUCCUUUAAGGGAACAAACAUAAAAAUUAUGUUUUAAUAAAUAGUUUUUGCACACAGAGGUCUUAGAUAGCAGGUCUAUGUGCCUUAAUAUGAAGUUUUAGUUAUAAAAAGAACUGAAAUAGAUUAUGUACAGAUACGUGUGGUGAAGUUGAUUAGGACAUGUAUAUUUUCACAUGUUGCAUAGCCAGUAUAACAUGGAAAUAUAAGAAAAUAUUUUUGGCCAGUUUAGCCAACUUCUUUAGUUAAUCAUAAUAUUGUCAUGAUGGUAAAAUUAAGAUAGUAAACAUUUUUACUCUAAUUAUGUCUAACUCCGACUUGGCUUAUACAUUUGUUUGCAUGUUAUAGAUUUUAUGUUACAGUGUUUUUCUGGGGGGUCAUUUUUGCAACUUCUUGUAAUUCACUGUUGACACCUGCCUUUGAAUUUCCAUAUUAUCAUUUUUAUUGCAGUUUUAUCAUUCAUAAUUAUAUUCAUAAUGCAGUUUUAUUAUAUUUUCAUAUUGAUUUUGCUUUAUCACUCUCUGGUAGAGGUGAUAUUGUUUUUUUUUCAGUAUUUGCCUUCAAUUUGAAAUCAAAUAUAUUAAGAUUUCUCUCAGUAUGCAUAUGCAUUUUCAUGACUGAUAGAAUUAGGGUUUGUUUACAUGACGACUAUGUACUAAAAACAGAAACAUUCUCCUUUGCAUUUUUUAAAAGUAUCAAGUACAGAUGACAACGAUCCCCAUUCACACGGAUUCGUGAAAACGACUGUAUUAUGCUUCCAGGCCAGUAGGUGGCGAUGUCACUUUGUAAAGAAAAACGAUAUGCUUAUAGAAUGAACACAUAAUACGCAUGCAAAUUAUGUACUAUUCUCACAAAUUCGCAAUUUUGUAGUUUACACAGAGACAAUAACGGUAUCGUUUUCUAAAUUUCCAGGCCGCCAAAAUGCCGUUUUCAUGUAAAUAAACAGCCAAAACACAAAACGUUUUCUGUUUUUUAGUUGAAAACUGUCAUGUAAACGGCCCCCUCAUCAUAUAAUUUGAACAGAAACACCAUCUGUAAAUUCCACGAGUAUUGCAAUUAAAAAGUGGACUAAUGCA